GCGGAUUUAUUCAACUAUAAUGUACAUUACUACCCUAGCUAGAGAGCUCCAGCAGUCGUCAUAUCGACAUCGCAGAGCAACAAUCAUGCCGCCCAACUAAGUAGACCACAGGAGCACACGUCAAUCCAGACCAGCCAUGGAGUCCCUAGCGACCCGGAUACCGCGCCACGUUCUCGCGCGGCACAUAACCCGGUCCCUGACGCACCAAUUCCCCAAACCCGGGCCCCGCCGCCCCUUCACACGCACCGCACCCCGACACAACGCCCGCCAACCAGGCGACGACCCGAACUUCACGUCGAUCCUCGACAACCCCCCGGAGCUCGUGCGCGCCGGCCGCCGGCACGGGCCGGGCCUGAUCGUCCUCGCUCUGAUCCCGAUCACCGCGCUCGUGCUGGGGACGUGGCAGGUGCAGCGGCUGGGGUGGAAGACGGAGCUCAUCGCGCGGUUCGAGGACAGGCUAGUGCAGCCGCCGCUGCCGCUGCCGCCGCGCGUCGACCCGGACGCCAUCCACGACUUCGACUUCCGGCGCGUCGUGGCGCGGGGCAGGUACAGGCAUGAUCGGGAGAUGUUGGUGGGCCCGCGCAUGCGCGAUGGCGAGGACGGGUUCAUGGUCGUCACGCCGCUGGAGCGCGAGGGCGACGGGAGGGGGAGGGGGACGACGACGGUGCUGGUGAACCGCGGGUGGGUGUCCAAGAAGUUGCGGCGGCAGAGGGAUAGGAUGGAGGGCUUGCCGACGGGGGAGGUGGUUGUGGAGGGUUUGCUGAGAGAGCCGUGGAAGAAGAAUAUGUUUACGCCUGAGAAUCGCCCGGACAAGGGCGAGUUUUACUUCCCCGAUGUCAAGCAAAUGGCCGAGUUGGCGGGGAGCCAGGCCGUUUGGGUGGAGCAGACCAUGGAGCCCGAUUUGUUGCAGACCCUUGACAUGCAGGCAAAGGGUAUCCCUAUAGGUAGACCCGCCGAGGUCAACCUGCGUAAUAACCAUGCCCAAUACAUUUUUACAUGGUAUGGAUUGGCGAUCGCCACAUCCAUCAUGUUCUACAUGGUCGUCAAGAAGCCCCCAACAGACAUGUCCCGUCGUAUAAGAAUGAACAAGGAAUGGUCAUAAGCAGACAUUCCCGUCAGAUCUAUGAGGCGUAUCUAAUGAAAUCGAGGUGUUUACCUUGGCUUCAAGUCACUUCUUCCUGCUCUUCGUCCUCGACAUCUAUGCGCCUCGCCUUCUUCCGUGGGCCUUUACUAGGUAUUGGUACGGGCAUACGCAGC